UCGGCUGGGCAGGCUGGUCUGUCAGUCAGUGACCAACAACAAGAGGAUACGGAUCGAGACGUUGAUGUAGGAUUGCCGAUGGGAGAGGCGGAACCGGGCAGUAACGCGGCUGAAGGAUCCGCGGCGGACGGCGACAGCGCCGGCAGCAGCGGCGAAGGGAGCGUCGGCGGUAGCAGCGGGGGCGGCGGGGGCGAGCAGCCGAUGGACCUGAGCGUGGGCGGCGCGCGGCGGCGCUGCGGCCGGGAGGUGCCGGCGCUGAUUCCGCUGGCGCUGGUGCGGCGCGUACAGCGCCAGCAGAGGCAGCUGGCCGCCGCCGCCGCCGGCGACCCGCGCGCGCUGCUCUACACCCAGCUGUUGCACCACUUCCACGCGCAGGAAAUGCUGCGCAGGCAGUUCGCCCUCCAGGCAGCGCGAAUGUUACAGACGGCGCAGGACGCAUCGAGCGCGAUCCACGGGGGAGCAGAUGCGGCGAUGGCAUCCGAUGCGGCGGACAAGUGCGCCGCGGAGUCAGAGGCGCGCCGGCGAAGGCGGCCGCUUACGGGGAAGCACGUGCGCCAGGGAACAGGCGCCAGUCCCGCUACGCUGCUCACUCUGCGCAGGAAGAUAGAGGCUCGCCAGCGGCGACACGCGCUGCCCGCUGCCAGCGUGCUCUGACGGGGGAACCGCGUGCGCCAGGCCACUGGCGCCAGCCGCGCAAAGCUGCAUUGGACGUCGAAGUUCGCCAGUGGUGGCGCCUGCCCUGCCGCCACCGACUGAGUGUCAACGUCGCUGUUACGCUUCAGACUGUCAUUGUGCAGAACUCUUUUUGAAUUUACUUUAUAUGUGUACGUAUAUUUAUUUAUUUAUUCCAGUGAAACUGCAGGUGACUGUAAUUUAUAUUGUAACGUAUAAGUGUGUGAGCGACUUUAACGUGUACCGGUACUGCAUUCUUGUCAUUUUCUGCAAUGUCUGUUGUGUACAUCUCUUAAAACGCACGUUGUCAAACCAGAGACUACAUUUACAUUUUUACAAAAUAAUAAAUGCGAGAUAAUAUUUAUACAAGUUGAAUCAGUACCUGUACGAUGCAAACUUCAGUAUUUUAUUACAUAUCUACAUACAACAUUUCUAUGGUUAUAUUUCAAAGCGCUUAUGACUCAU